GUGAUACAGCGAAAAAACAAGGAAAUGCUCGCGGAAAGUUCUAACGACGUGCUUUGCUUCUUUUGAUAAAGUAGUUAAAUCAAGAAAGAUGAAUGUGCCUUUACUGUUUUUGCUGGCGUGUAUUUUACACUUUAACUCCAAAUGUAGUGCUACUAUUCUGCCUUCGUCAUGUCCUUACCCUCCGUCACAGUGGUGCUCGACGCUAGACUCUGCCGUCCAGUGCGGGGUGCUGAAACACUGUCUCCAUGCCAACUUGACCAAAUGGCAUCACGCAGGAGAACCAGUCCAAAUAGAGGUCUACUACGAGACUCUGUGUCCCGACUGCAUAAUGUUUGUCACGCAGGUGCUGUAUCCCACAUGGGUGCUGUUGCAGGACAUCCUGUCUGUCCACCUGGUCCCCUUUGGAAAUGCACAGGAGGCACCAAGUGGGAGCAAGUACAUAUUUAAGUGCCAACAUGGCGAACAAGAAUGUCUUGGUAACAUAAUUCAGACGUGUUUAUUGAACAUGAGUGACAAUGCCUUCCUCAUCAUUUUCUGUAUGGAGGCCUCCACUGAUGUCAUCGCUGCUGCUAAGAGUUGUGUUCAUCUGUACAGUCCCGAAUUGAGCUGGGAACGACUCAUGAGUUGUGUGAAUGGAGAUUUAGGAAACCAGCUUAUGCAUCAGAACGCCGUAAAGACCAACACUCUGGAUCCUCCGCAUCAGUUUGUACCUUGGGUGACCAUUAAUGGGGAGCACACAGAUGAUCUGCAGAAGAAAGCUAUAAAAUCUCUCUUCCCUCUGAUCUGCAGCAAGUACAAGGGAAUAAAGCCUGUGAUCUGUGGAGAAGGUGGGCAUAGAGAUUUAAGGAUCUAACAUCUCUGCUUGAGGUGUGGCCACUUGAUAUCCAGGUUAUGUCAAUACUUAACAUUGACGGGAUCAGACGUUCUAUCACUGCCCUAUGAUGGCCCACCAGGCUUCUAAAGCACUGGGGAAACCCUGUUUAGUUUGUCAUUUUGCACUAGUAAUCUUGUUAAAACCUAUUUGGCCAUGAGAUGGCACCAUAACUUAAGUUCUGCUCCUGAAACGAGCCAACCGACGUUUACUCUUUGUAACUGUAAGAAUAAUUAUGGCACACUUUCACUUUAAAUAUGCUGCCCUCUAUUUUUUUCUUUAAGCAAUAUCAUCCACCAGGUCCCUAACUGUGUGUUUGAUGCCAAAGCUUGUGUAACAUCCUGGGAUUUUUGUUCUUUGUUUAGUAAAAAGGGUAUUUGAGA